AUGGCGCACUUCCAAAUUUCGCGCAAAACGCGCCUGAGAGCAGUCAUUGCGAUAUCGGUGACUUUUUUCCUCGCUGAGAUAUCAACCGGCUUCUACACCAAGUCCCUCGCCCUUGUAGCAGAUGCAUUCCACUACUUGACGGAUCUGAUCGGCUUUAUAGUCGCUCUCGUCGCAGUCCACAUGCAGGAGCGCAAGGACGCACCAGUAGCGCUAUCGUUUGGUUGGGCGCGCGCUUCCCUCCUCGGUGCCUUCUUCAAUGGCGUAUUCCUCCUCGCGCUUGGUCUUUCAAUUCUGCUCCAGUCUGUCGAACGUUUCAUCGACAUUAAAGAAGUUGAAAAGCCUGAGAUCGUGCUGAUCGUCGGAUCUGUGGGUCUGGCACUGAAUCUUAUCAGUGGGAUAUUCUUGCAUGAACACGACCAUGGCGAUGGCCACGAACACGCCGUCCACAUUGACGAGCUUGCCGGCCUCAAUCACUCGGAGCACAAUCACCACAACCUCCUCGCGUCUAAGAAGCACCGCGAUCUCGGAAUGCUCGGCGCAAUGAUCCACGUCCUCGGAGAUGCCUUCAACAACAUCGGCGUCAUCAUCUCUGCCCUUGUGAUCUGGCUCACACACUCGCCCAAGCGCUUCUAUAUUGACCCUGCGAUAUCUUUAUACAUCGCUUUGAUGAUUCUUGGAACCGCUAUCCCGCUCACCCGCCGAUCGGGAACCAUCCUCCUCGAGUCCGCACCCGACGGCGUCGUGCUGGACCACGUCAAGAAGGAUCUCGAGAGCAUCCCUGGCGUACUGGGCGUCCACGAGUUGCAUGUUUGGCGGCUGAAUCAAACUAAGAGCCUGGCGAGCGCUCACAUCGUCGUGCGGGAUACCGAAGUCCGAGAUUUCAUUGGCCGUGCGAAGAUCAUCAGCGAGUGUCUGCACGCCUAUGGAAUCCACAGCGCCACGCUGCAACCGGAAUUGGCUGAUGGCAGUGAGGUCGAACCUGGAGGAGAGGCACAACAGACUGAGGGAGUAGGAAAGUGCACAAUCACGUGUGGCACGUUUUGCGAACCGCUGAAGUGCUGUAAUUAG